AAUGUUGUGUGAAAUAUUACUUGUCGUUUUGGCCUUGGCGAUUUUGUUUUUUUGGCUUUCUCAGGACAGCGAUCUGGCGCUGGUUCAGUGAAUUAUUCAAAAAAGUUUUCAAUUGUACAUACAUAUCGAUUCCUGUUUUCCACAACCGGCGCUGGCCUCACCCAUGCAGUAACAGAUUGCUCGACUUUCGCGCCCACAGCCGUCGUUCACGCUUCCCACUGCCAAUCUUCCUAUUGUUCGUCGACGACCCUCUAGGCUGGUCCUGAGGUAAUCUCCGCGUCAAAUCUCCACUUCCCUCGCACUAUCCCUUCUAUAAGAGAUGCACGCUAUUCGGAGUGCAGCUGCCGAUGCAGCAUCCAAAACGGUACCAAAGGACAGUUACUUUGCUCAACUCAAAGUCCUCAACGGCAUUCUCCUACAACUCAAAUCCGCCGAAUUCACAUCAGAUGGACGACCCGAGCGGCAGGAUGAUCGGAUAGAGCUAUUGGGCAUGUGUCGGCAGUGCAUUGAUACUAUGGAGGGAGUGUUGAGGCAGGCGGAUGGUCGAUCGCAGACCAAGCAGCCAAAGGCCGGUCCUUCGCUGCCGCCGAAACCAAAAUUGACAAUUCAACCAAUAACGGACAGAGAUUCGAUUGCAAGCAAUCCCUUCAUGGACGCUUCGGAACACACUCCCGUAAACGACAAGCAGCUUACCUCCGUUGCAGCACAAAACAGCGGGACAGGUCCUCCACCGCAAAUUAGUCUUUCAAGCCGAGAGUCGGAUGAUCUUUUCUCACCCUACAGUCCAAGGCCAUCAGGCUCAAACGGUAGCACCCUGGAAAACCCGAAACCAAAGCAUGUUCGACCGUGGGCAUCUCCCGAUAUACCACCAUCGCCUCUACUUGUUCAGUACAGAGAACUCAACUCUCAGCUGUACGAAGCAAUGGGACGACCUGGUUUGGAAAAGGGGCCAAGUUCUGCAUCACUUUAUCAUGAUGGAGAAGAACAUCCUACCACACCCCAACGGUUGGAAAGUGCGCCUACCCACAGGCGAUCCCUCUCGGACGGCGCCACUACCGUGCGAAGUAAACUCGCCCGAGUAAUUUACCAAAUCCUUCUAGCAGCCAGCGCCGCAAAUGUUACCACUUUCCGUCCUGUUGUCGUCGCCUUUGAGUUGUGUCUGAUUGAUCAAAAGAUAUUUGACAAGCUCCGUCCUGCUGAUAUGAUUAACCACCGACCACCUAAUAACCCCUCGCCGUCAGUUCACGCCUCGACAGAAUUCUUCAAUUACCUUACCCGGAUGAUUGAAUUUUCGAUUCUGGAGCCAGUCGAAGCGGGGGAUAGAGCCGUUGUGAUUCACUCUUGGACCAAAGUUGCGUGGAAUCUGUACCAACUGAGGAAUUUGCAGUCUCUGAAGGCUAUCGUCAGUGCAUUAGGGACUCCCCCUAUAGCACGAUUGAAGAGGACAUGGGGUCUAGUGCCAAAGAAAUCAAUGACAACGUUGGAGCAGUUGCGGGAAUUGUUAUCGGAGCAAAACAAUUACACUGCGUAUCGUGAAUGGCUUGCCCGAAGCGUAACGAGACCUAUGGUUCCCUUCUUGGGAGUUUACAUGCACGACAUAACGUAUCUCCUCGCCCUCGCGAAAAAGGAUGGAACUUCACCAGCGUCGGAUAAACGUCUCAAAGAGAUCUUUGACCAAAUGGAGUUUUACCAAGCGGGGCAAAAGUAUGCGUAUGAGCAGUUGACUGCUCUGUUACGGUUGGAAAAAAAGUCUGGUGCACUGGGAUUCAAGAAACAGCAGAAAUCGGGGAUCAGUUCUCGUGCUCCCCCAGAGCUGCUUCCUUUGCGCGAAGCAGAUGAUGAGACGGUUGGCCAAUUUGUGGGGCACUGGAUCUUGUCACGGAAGUGGUACACUGAGAAGGAAAUGGAUGCGCUUUCGCUUGCCAGGGAGCCCCGACAUAUUACAGAGUCGACCACCCCCAACAGCAGCAACUCAACACCUCUCUCCCAAAUCGUUAUUGAGGAUGUCAUGUCAGAGCCUAUUCCGGAUUUCGGCGGAUCAGGAUAUGAUUAUCUAGCAGCCAACAACAUUGCGGUACCACCAGAGUUUUUUGGUGGGGUCAAUGCUGCAUCCAUUUUGAGUGAACUAAAGCAAAACCGGAAGCGCAUGUCAGCCGGAGCCAUGUUGAUGGAAGCUUUGAAAGGGAGUGCACUUUCAUUCGGAUCGAAGAAGCAAGCGUCGAUACCUAGACGACGAAGCAUGGGUGCUGUUAAUGGCAUUGCAGAAAAUGUUGCGACUGCUAGUGGUAAAUCUGAUGUUUCCGGAGCGGACGAUGACGGGCGUAGUUCUGUGACGAGUUCUAGUAGUGAGUGGAGCUUGAGCAGUUUGAAGAGUCUAGUCUUUGAGGGUGAGGAAGGUGGAGAUAAGGGUCGAGAUGGAUUGGAUGGAGAGGAGCGAUACACGGAUCAUGGAGACGGGAGAUCUUCAGACUCUCAGUCCAUAACAAAACAGGGCAAACCUUCGUUGGGCUGGCUGUCCACUGAGCUCAAAUCGCGCAUCGAACAAAUGUCCACUACACCACCAGGCUCAACAUCCAAUGGAACGACCAGCGGGAGUGUCCAAUCACCCGCAUCAGAAGCAAGCCCACGUACCAACAAGCGACAGCAAAACCGUAUCUCAGCCAUUUUCACCGGAUUUGUAGGUGGAGGGGCCUCAUCCAACAACAGUGCACUACCCGAGAAACUGGCCAAUCAUGCCGAGACCCAUGCUGAGAGCGACGCUUUCCCCUCAAAUCACCGUAAUGUUUCUGGGAAAAGAGGGUUCGGCUACGUUCCUGGAAGCCCAUCCUCUCACAUAUCGUCUCUCGCACCUUCCUCAUCACGUUCCCAUCGCCGAACUCAAUCCACCCCGCAUGCGCGGUUUACAGACGCUUCCUCAGACGCACAAGCCCACACGCAACCAAAGCGAGAUCUGCACAAAAACCAUCUGGCAGGGGAAGCAGAUGCACAUGGACCACCUCCGCGCCCGAUCCCCCCAAAUCGGCGCGGAGAAAGCUUUAAUGGAGAUCCAUUUAAAGAUGGUCCGGAGAACCAUGUGCCACGCAUUGCCCCAAAGAGCAGUUUGUCAAAAGCCGAAGUGUUACAUGAGGAUGGGAGGACACGGUCGCAGUCUCAUCCACCUCCACCGCCUAUUCAUCAGCCUCCGCCCAGACCUCCUCCGCCGAAGCGUGAUGCCCCAACACCGCAUCCCGCUUCACAUGCUUCCAUAUCACAUGCUCCCGCAUCUCAUUCUCCUGCGUCUCAUUCUCUGUCAUCUUCUCAUUCAGGGGUCUCUCAUUCUGUAGCAUCCUCUCACUCGCAUCCAAUACCAUCGCAUGCAGAACACGAUGAAAGCGGAUGGAGAAAACAAUCUUCAACCGGACGGUGGACACUUCAUCAAACUGGAUCCGACAAAGGAUACCAGGGCGAUGCAGAAUUUAGACAAGGUCAUGAACCCAAAGAUGGUGGAAAUAUCUCUUCUUCGACUCCCACAACAGCACCUACUCAAAGGCACCAUCGUACACCAACCCCCUUCAAACAUCCCCCAUUAAUUCCGCAACAAUCCACACAUCAGCAAUCCAUAUCCCAUCAUCCCCCAACCCACCAGCCCGCAUCCUACCACCCGUCACCACAAAGACUCCUCCGUCCAGAAGAUGACCAUAUCAAAAGGCAGCCACAUCGGUACACAUGGACGCCAACCACAGCCGCGCCAACCAUACCAAGAUCCUCAGAAAGGCCCACACCGUCGGCUCCACCGGCCGUUCCACCAAAGCCUCCCGGUAUGAGGGAAGCGGGAAGGGAGGCGGUGGGAAGGGAACCACCAGUCGUACCGCCGAAACCUGGCAGAAGGACGUAAAAGAUCUAUGUACAAUGCUGGCGUUUGAGAAGAUGAAAAUAACGUUUUAUUUUUUUUUUUCUAUUCCUUCAACGCGGUCCUUUUCUUACUGAGACUAGUUUACAUCAGAUGGAAGUAGUAAAGCGAAU